AUGGAGAGAGUCAAAGUGAAAUCUAAGGAAGAUAUGGAGAGAGUCAAAGUGAAAUUUAUGGAGAGAGUCAAAGUGAAAUGUAAGAAAGGUAUGGAGAGAGUCAAGAUAAAAUCAAAAGAAGAUAUGAAGAGCGUCAAAGUGAAAUCUAAGGAAGAUAUGGAGAGAGUCAAAGUGAAAUCUAAGGAAGAUAUGGAGAGAGUCAAAGUGAAAUCUAAGGAAGAUAUGGAGAGCGUCAAAGUGAAAUCUAAGGAAGAUAUGGAGAGAGUCAAAGUGAAAUCUAAGGAAGAUAUGGAGAGCGUCAAAGUGAAAUCUAAGGAAGAUAUGAAGAGCGUCAAAGUGAAAUCUAAGGAAGAUAUGGAGAGAGUCAAAGUGAAAUCUAAGGAAGAUAUGGAGAGCGUCAAAGUGAAAUCUAAGGAAGAUAUGGAGAGAGUCAAAGUGAAAUCUAAGGAAGAUAUGAAGAGCGUCAAAGUGAAAUCUAAGGAAGAUAUGGAGAGAGUCAAAAUGAAAUCAAAGGAAGAUACGGAAAGAGUCAAAGUGAAAUCUAAGGAAGAUAUGGAGAGAAUCAAAGUGAAAUCUAAGGAAGAUAUGGAGAGAGUCAAAGUGAAAUCUAAGGGAGAUACGGAGAGCGUCUAA